AGGAGUCAGCCAUUAUGAAGGAACAGAACAAGAAGCUAACUGAAGAGCUCAAGGCCGUCCAACAAGAGAGAGAGCAGGCCAAGAUCAGCUUGGAGAAUUGCAGGGUUUCACUCCUAACCAUGAAGCAUACAUUGGAGGAGGCUGAGCUAAGGCUGCAGAAUAGGGAAGAUGAUAUUCAUAAGAAAAACUUGCAGUUAAAGUACUCAGAGGAAUUGAAAGAAGAGUACUUCAACAUCAUAGAGUGUCUCAGGCAGAAGAACCAGGAGCUGGGAGAGCAGCUGGGGGACAGACGGGACACAGCCUCACUCACCAUUGUGAAUGACCUGAUGGAGAAAAAGGAGGAAACACUCUCUCUGUCCUUCGCAGAGGAGCUGCAGCUGCUGGCCUUCUCGCCUGAAGUGAAGCCCAGCAUGGCAGACUCUGCAGACCUCAGACAUGUAUGACCU